CAGACGGAUUAGCAUCUUAGAAAUUAGAUUUUUAACUUCGAUUGAAUAAGUAAUAUGCAACUAUAUUGCUUUUUCCCAGUUACUAUGGGAGAUUUUGAAGGACAGACUUUAUUCCAAUAUAACUUGUAUGUACACACGUCUGUUUGAUAACUACUGGCUUGCGUUGAAUCAACUGUCAGUGGAUUCUUUCUGGCGGAAAUGUCUAGUCCAACGCGACAAAUGUCAACUCGAAAACUUCCUCCGUUACCUGGGAGCCGUUCGCCCUUCGGGGCCAAAUCAAACUCGGCUCAUUCAAGUCCUAACGCAUCAAGCACCUCAAUAUAUUCGAACGAGAAACGGGUCGGUGAGAAAAUAAAUAAGGAUCUGUCGAAAAGUCUUAACGAUGGACCUUUUCGACCCGCUCUUGUUAAUGCAACGUUGCCUGACCAACCGAACACAAAGGAGACUACAAAACAAUUCGAGGCAGACGACAUCAGAACUUUUCUGCACUACAAUCCGAUGUUCCUAGAAAAUUACGUCAUGAAAAACGUGGAUCAGCAACGAUUAGAAAGAUGGCUCGUGCGAAAGACCAACCAGGAAAAACGCAAGGCUAUUCAACCAGUUAAAACCAGCACAAACACAGGGCAGGGUACAGCAUCUCUCUCAAAAUGGAAGUUCUGUGUGCACAGUGACAAAAAGAAGCCGCUUCAGGAAUUGACAAGAGAUAUACAUGAGUCGCCUAACAAGGAGAAAGUUGUUUCUGAAUUGGCCCAAUGCAUCACUUCAGCUUGUCACGCAGAUUGCUACUCCCUUUAUCUGGUAGAGGAUAACAACAAGGAAAUGUUUUUAUACAGUCCAAAUGCACCAGGAUGCCGAACUUCUGAAAAAAUUUUGAUCGAGGAAGGGACGACCAUUGCUGCAUACGUUGCCUCGACAUUGACAUCAGUUAGAACGAAUGAAAUACUCGGGGAUCCACGGUUUCCUAAAGGAACAGGCUUGGAAGAAAGUACUGCUCAGUCUGUGAUAUGUCAGCCAAUUAUUGAUAGCGGUGGGAAACUUGUAGGGGUGAUUGAACUUUCGAGAAGAGUUGGACACGACGCAUUCUGUGAAGAAGAUGACGAGAUCGUAAACAGUUACCUUGUCUGGGGAGGCAUUUCGCUGUAUUAUGCCGAGAUGUUUUACUCUAUGAGAAAACACAAACGAUUGAGCGAGUUUCUUCUCAAUGUAACAAAGUCAAUAUUUCAAGAUAUCGUUAGCAUGGACACAGUGAUAAUGAAAAUCAUGAAUUACGCGCAGAGUCUGGUGGACGCUGACCGCACGUCGCUAUUUCUCGUGGACUCAAAGACGGAGGAACUUUAUGCGCGAAUAUUUGAUGUGGGAGGGUCCCCUGAGGAAUCUAUGUCGCAAAACUUGAAGAAGGAAAUAAGAUUUCCAAAGUCAAAAGGUGUUGCUGGUUACGUUGCUACCUCAGGAGAAACACUCAACAUCACAGAGGCGUAUAACGAUCAGCGUUUUAACCGGGAAAUAGACAUUCAAACUGGUUAUACAACAAAAACACUUUUGUGUAUGCCAAUUUUUAUCCGAGGGAAUAUCAUCGGCGUCGUUCAGAUGGUCAACAAAAAAACUGGCGUAUUCACAGCUGCAGACGAGCAAUCGUUUCAAACGUUCGCAACUUACUGUGGUCUUGCUCUCCAUCAUGCAAAGCUUUACGACAAAAUAAGAAGAUCAGAACAAAAAUACAAGGUGGCUUUAGAGGUGCUUUCAUACCACAGCAUGUGCACAGAUGAAGAAAUGAGAGAUCUGAAUAAAGUUCGUUCUUCUAAGCUUCCCGCAAUUGACAGAUUCUGCUUCGAUGCGUUCAGCGUGGAACAAAUUGAGAUGGUGGAAAUGGUUAUAAAAAUGUUCAAAGAAUUAUUUUCGCUCAAAAUGUUUGAUGUGGAUGAGCUGACAAAAUUCACGCUGACAGUGAGAAGAAACUAUCGCAGAGUUCCUUACCACAAUUGGACUCACGCGUUUUCGGUAGCCCAUUGUAUGUUUAUGAUUUUGAGAGAGGCAUCUUCGAACUUCAUGCUAACCGAGUCGUUGGCGUUGUUCGUCGCCUGUCUCUGCCAUGAUCUGGAUCAUCGUGGUCGAACUAACUCGUGGAUGAAAAAGGAGGGAACGGCCUUAGCUUCUGUAUACACAACGUCCCCACUUGAACAUCAUCACUUCAAUCAAACCAUUACCAUAUUACAGCAUGAAGGUCAUAACAUAUUCUCAAGAUUUUCAUCAUCCGAAUACAAGUCGAUUCUUGGACAUAUAAAAUACUGCAUCUUGGCAACCGACCUUGCCGUCUUCUUUGGAAAUAAGGGGAAACUUAAACAGCUCUUAGACAGUAAACAAUUCUCUUGGAAAGAAUUUGAACACACAAAGUUAGUCCAAGCUAUUGCAAUGACUGGUUGCGAUCUUUCUGCCUGUACAAAGCCGUGGAAAGUUCAGUACGAAACGGUUAAAGUUAUCUUUCAAGAAUUCUAUGCAGAGGGAGACGAGGUUAAGCGACAGGGAAGCCAGCCUAUUCCAAUGAUGGACAGAGACACCGCAGACGAUUUACCAGCUCAUCAGGUCGGUUUCUUGGUUGGGAUUUGUCUGCCAUGUUAUGAAAUGCUAAAGGAACUAUUACCUCACACAGCAGCCCUGCUUGACGGAGCCAGAGCAAACCUUAAACGUUGGUCAGAACUCGUGGCGAAGAAAAAGCAGGAAAGUCAGCAAGAAGAGAGAGGCGAAAAUGCCCAUGAAGUUAAAGAUGAAAAGCAAGAAGAUGACGAAGUUGAGAAAAAGGACGAAGAAGUUAAAAACGAGGAAAACAGCGCUGACGUACAAGAAACUUCACCUGUUCUUCCUGAGAGCGACGAACCCACUAAAAAGACGCUCGUUGAAAGAAUAAAAUCCGAAAGUGCAAAUGAUAUGAUAUCCUUCUCAAGCGAUGACGAAUGAACAGUUCUUGAACUAUUGGUUUAUAAUUGUAAAUACAAAAUGCUAAAAUUUCGCCAGUAGUUCUGAAUGCCACGAGAAAUGGACAGAAAUCACAGAGAAUUAUCGAAUUAUAAACUGUCCACUGAUUUGGCCUUGUCUGGCCAAAGAAUUGAGACUUGAAUAUACGUGAAACAGAUUUGCGGAUUAAAUAUGUGUAUAUGUACAUGAAAAUUAUUCAAUUUAAUAAAUCAUUGAUAACA